AAAGAUUGAUUCUCCCUAUAGAACGUGAGGCGAGAAGUGCGUGCCCUCUGCUUGGCAACGCGUGUGUGGAACAUGAGCGCAUUAGGGACAGAACGGUUGUCAAGGCAGCGAGUGGGCUUCGAAGUCUGUGCCUGGGGUCGGGAGGAGAGGAGGGUCGGGAGAGAGCGGCGGGAAGAGGGAGUGGCCCCGGACGCCAGGGAGUCAGGAAGAAGGCGGAACCAGGAAUAGAGGUCCAGGGAGAGGCAGAAAAGGCGGCGACGGAGGAGGACGCUGAGGUGGAGGCAGGGGCAGAGAAAGAAGCGGAGACAUUCCGCCCGCCCCCAGGUCCCGUCCUAGGGAGCCAUGGAGUUCUAUCUGAGCGCCUGUUCUAAAGCUGCAGAUGCAGCCGCCACCAAGACUGCCGCCAGCCACUUGGUGGCGGAGAGUGAACAGUGCGGCGAGGGCCCCCACAAAAUGCAGUUUCCAGGAGUAGGAGCUGCUCAACUGCUGGAUCUACCUCUUGGCGUCAAGCUGCCUUUGAUCCCAGGAAGUAAUACUUUAUUCUACACCACAAAUUUAAGUGAAAAGCUUUUUCAGCCCUCUUACGGUUUUAACCUAAAUGAUCCUUAUGGUCGGCUACUAGAAACCAGAUACAAAAGCCUGCAUGAUCCUCAUUUAAGUGGCUAUUACAAACGUAAAGAUAUCUUGAAACGAUUGAAAAAAGGAGGUUACAUCACCAGCAAUAACAAAAUUGUAUGCACUUUGAGAGAGUUUAAUAAAUACCGACAAUAUCUGACAAGCCUCAAAUUAGACUUUGAAAGAAACUAUAUAAGAGAACAAAAAAUGCUUGAAAAGCAAGUCACCAAACUCCAGGAACACAAUCAAAUCCCAGACAGCAGAGACGCUGCCCAGUUCAGAGAAUGGCUGUUACAAGAAGGCACACAGUCUAUUCAGGACCAAGAGCGCUUAAUAAGACACAGAUAUUUAGAUAUGAUAAGCAGAGAGCUGGAGAAGCUUGAGCGUUCUGCUGAAGAACGGCAUCUCAUCCGGAUGAACGAGGAAGAGAAAAGACAGAGGGAACACACGCGGAGAAAACUUAGUCUUCGGAGGAAGAUUGAAGAGGAAUGGAAAACAAAGGAGAUGCUACUUCUUACCAGAAUUGGAGAAGAAGUUAAAAGAGAAGCUCGGGUGGAGGAACAACGAAGAAAAAGUCGAGAAGAGAGUGACAGGAAGAAACAAGCUCUUCUUGAGAAAAAAAUGGCCUUUCAUUUGCGGAAAAUGCAAGAGAGCGGUAGCUUUAAAAAAGAAGAAAUUGAGAAAACACCUUCAGUGGAGUAUAAAGGAGGAGAUGGGGCAUACUUUGAAAGUGAUGAAAUUAGAAGACAAGUCAUUUCACCAAAGAAGAAAAAGAAAAAGAGUGAAGACCCAAAACCUCCUGAACCGAAACCAUCUCGAGGACUUAAAAGAAAUACAACACUCUCUAUCCGACCUUCUCACAGUAGUACAAAGAGUGGGACCAAAAAGUCAGUCUCGUCCAUGUAUUCACAGGGUGAAUCGAAUAACCCCAAUAACCCCACUACUACUGAUAGCAGGCGUGAUGGAGCUGUGUCUAAAAAAACAAGUGGAAUGGAAACUGGAGUUUCAAAUAACCCCAUUAAGAAUCCCAUCAAGUCUUCACCAUCCUUAGCACCAGGUCCUCCUCCUCCUCCAAAGGAAGAAAUGUAUAAUUAUAAUCCAUUUGCUCCAGAGCCAAAGAGAUCAUCCAAGAGAGAGCUCCCUGCCACCAUAUAUCAGAGACCAUCCAACAAGAAGCCAAGCUGUCCUUUUGGAAUAGGGCCAGCAACCCAUGGAGCCUUCCUUUCUCAAGUUCUCUCAAAUACGCAACAUCAUCUCCUGCAAAAUGGCCUACAAGAAAAAAUAUCUGCUGAGGAAUUAAAUGCCAUACUUCAGAAUGUAAUGACCUGGGUUGUGGCGACAGUGACCAGUAUUUUAUAUCCAGCCAUCACAAUGUAUGAAGAAAGGUUGCGUACAAAUAUAUAUCCUCUGUCUGAUGAUUCGGUACUCUCAUCGGGUAGCUCAAGUUUCUGUAGUACUUGCAGUGACGAAUUUGCAUACAGAGCUUAUUCUGCAGCCACAGCUAAAAAAUACAGCUGUACAGAUCUCACCUCAAAGCCAGUAAACUUACCUCCGGUGCCAGAAGGGCAACCCAUGGCCAAACAAAUAUCAAGAGCUACCCAAAUUGAAACCACCAUCUUGAAAGGAACAUAUGCCAGCAAGAAGGGACAGACAGUAACUCAAUUUAAGAUGGGAAUGAGCUAUGAUGUUCCCAGGGUAAGGAGCUGUAAGUCUGACAGUCAACUUUUAACUACAGUUGAAAUAUGUGGAAAGAAAGAUGCUACUACAGAAACAGAAGAAUUACCUACUGAAUCCCCAGAAGAAAAAGAAAAAGAAAAAGAAAAAGAAAAAGAAAAAGAAAAAGAAAAAGAAAAAGAGAAAGAAAAAGAAAAAGAAAAAGAGAAAGAAAAAGAAAAAGAAAAAGAGAAAGAAAAAGAAAAAGAAAAAGAAAAAGAAAAAGAAAAAGAGAAAGAAAAAGAAAAAGCUCCUACUGAGAUCCUAGAGAUGCAAGAGUUAAAAAAUGUUUUUGUUAAUUUUAAAUGUCACCUAAAAGAAGAAACAGAAUUGAUUUUGGAAAACAUUUUUCAAGAAAUACUAUCUGAUUUAGCUCAAGCAAUUCCCUCCCUCUCUGCUGUUACAGCUGAGGUUUUUAUUGACCAACUUGAAAGUGAGAAAGAGGCUAUGCUCUCCAAUGUGGAUGUCUGCUCAGCAGCUGCAGAUAUUGUUGAAAACAUGCUUGAAAAGCUACAGUCUGCAGUUGAAAAAAAAUGCAUUGAGAUCUUUUCACAAGAAGACUUGUCACUCACCUUCAAGUCAUCUUUAUCUUCCAGUGAAGAAGAGUUUGUUAGCAAACCAGAAAAGCCUUUUAAAGCAACAGUCUAUGAAUCUCUGGAACCAAUGGGUGACAUUGCAGAGGACAUGGUCCAUGUUAUUUUAGAAAAGUUGAUGACAUUUACAGCUUCCAAGAAAACUGACUUGUCUCAGCAAAAAGAAACAAAAUCAACAGAAAUUACUAUUGAGAAACUACAUAUUACAAAGUCACCUAAAAUAUAUAGUGAAGCAUCCACCCAAGUCAGUACUAGCACAGUGGCCAAGCCUAAGCCUCUGUCUGUUCACAGUAUUGAUUCCGAUGUUGCUAGUGUAAUUGUAAAAGAAGAAAUCCAGAACUUAGUGGCGAGCAUUUUUUCACAAUGUUCUGUGAUUGCUUAUGUCGAAGAAGCAAUCAGCACCAUACUGGGUUAUAUACAAAAUGAACUUGACAAUGAGAAACUAAUUGCAAAUGAAGAAACCGUAACAGUCUUGCAGUUACUUGAUAAUAUCUUCAAUGAACUGAAUAAGGAAAAAGAAGAAGAAGAGGAAGAAGAAGAGGAAGAAAUAGUAGUAAUAGAAGAGGAGGAGGAGGAGGAGGAAGAAGAAGAAGUAGUAGUAGAAGAAGAAGAGGAGGAGGAAGAAGUACAAGAAGUAAAGAUAGACAUGAGUCACAGUAAACGUUCCAGACUGAAAAGCCCUACUUUUCUUAAGGAAGAAUAUAGGCUCACAGGCACAACAGUGUCAAGGGGUGGCCCUAGGUCUGGAAAACCACUUCCACCUGUUAAUGUUCCUGGCAUGGUUUUUUAUUCAGAAGAUGACAAUGCAGAAAUAGACAAAAUGGUGGAAAGUGUCCUUGUGUCAUCUAUCAGAGAUCAGAAAGCACUAAUGCGAGAACAGGCUAUGAAAGAACAGUUUAAGAGAGAAUUUUCCAGUCUUAGAUACAAGAGAAAAGUCCCAUCACCUAAAAAGCCUGCUUCUCGUGGCAGAGUAGCAUUUCGUGACUGGGGAUUACAGUCUGAAUUACAAACUUCUUCAAGUGAAGACAAGAUGGAAGAAGAAGUAAAGCCAAAAAAACAAGUGGUUGAAGACAUAAAGCUAAAAAAACAAGUGUCAGGUUUCAGCCAGGAUGAAAAACAGCAAAUACAGAAAGCAUCAGAAAAUAUUGUUGCAGACAUUUUAACUGACAUGCUCAAAGACAUGCUAACCAUGUCCCCUAGUCAGUUGAACUAUGAAGAUCUUGAAGAAACUUCAUCUUUUUCCUCUGGAAUGCCUCCUGAAUUGUCCUCUGAAGAAUGGAUGGACCAAGUUAGGAACGAGAUGUUCUCAACAUCAGAAAUCAAUACAGUGGCUAAUGAUAUGACAGAUGCAGUGUUAAAAAUACUUCAAACUGCUUCAUCGUGUCAAAUUUCAGAGGUUAACAAAGAUUCCAGUACUACUACCUCACUUUAUGAAUCUUCUGUAGAUGCUCCAGAUACUCCCCCUGAGAUCAAAGAAAUAUAUGAAACUCCUCAAGCUACCCCAGAUCUAUCCGCAGAGCCACUGAAAGUAUGGUUUGAAAGCGACAAAAAGAUGAAAUCCAUAUUUAAUAUAGAUCAACUACAACCUCCCUGGCUUCACUCUUCAGCAGCUGAAGAAACACCUGAAACUGAUAUUAGUGAUGAGAUCAUCAGCACAAUCUUUAAAAAGCUGAAAUUAUUUGUUUUUCCAAAAUUGCAAAUGUGCUUUAAGCCAGAAAGCUCUGAAAAAACUUCAAUUUUCAGGAGACCUCUAAGCAGAGACUCUUCUGCCCCUUCACACUUAAAACUGUUUUCACCCUUAAAGAUUCGAUCACAACUUAGUGCUUGUACAACCAAAGUUGUGAAGAUUGUUCUUGGUGCUAUUCGCACUCAACUGGAAAUCAUUAGGAAGAAAGCAAAUGCUAGGAAGCCUGAGCAUUCAUUAACAUUUGCAGAGGAAAGUGAUUUUCCUGCCUCUGAUAAAGAACUAGAAUCCGUUGCAUCAAAUCUCAAUGAUGAUGUUAUGGCAACUUCUUUAGUAACAUGCAUUUGUGAGAUGUUAUCUGGUGGAAGUACUGAUAGACAUGAUCAUUCCUUUCCACCUGAUGACUUUGUUGAAAAGGAUUUUGUUGAUGUACAAAGACAAUCGACAAGUUGGCAAGUGAAAACUCCUUCUCAACGUCAAAAAUGUCCAAUUAUUCCUUGUAUUUUACAUAAGGUAUUUAGUGAGAAGAAUGUCAAUAAGGUAGUCAGAUCUCAAGUAUUAGAAAGAAUUGGUAAUACAGUAUUUGAAAUGUUGAACAAAAUAAUGGGAGAACCUCUGCUCCCUAGUUUGAGUCAUGUACCUAUUCACAAAGAGAGUAGUGAAGAGAGUUUGAGAGGAACCCCACCCCUGCCUCCUAAUAUUCAGGUAAUUUCUACUGGGAUUCUUGAAGACAUUCUUGAAAAAUUAUGUUCUGAGAUGGACCACAAACCCCACAACUCUGAAAUUGGGAAAGUCUCAACUGAUUUAGAUGGGGAUAAUCUAUAUCCUACUGUAGUGGUAGAGGAAGUGGCCAAGUGCACAGAUAUGAUGUCUUAUAUGUUAUCUGAUGCUAUCCAGGAGGACAGUGAAGAGGUGCCUAGCCAUAAGAUGAAAAAUGAGGCUCCUUCUAGGAGAGCAAGCCUACUAGGACUCCGUAGAAAUAAUCUGAAAAUGGUGGCUUCAGAUAUUCUUAAAACUGUUUUUAACAAAUUAGAGGGCUUUGCCAAUUUAAAUUUGUGGCCUGGUGGUACUACAAGAAGUGAAAACCAUGACUGGAUGUCAUCACAAGCCAGUACAUCAACCAAAGGGGAAACUUGUGAUGAUCACCUACAGUCCACUCUACAGAUAAAUGCAAAAAAGGUGUCAAGUGCCAUUUUGAAGGCUAUUCGGGUAGAAUUAAAUGGAAAACCAUCAGAUUCCGAGACAAAAGACAAUAAUCCGACGCAAGAAAAAACGGUGAUCAAAAAUCUGGUCGAUUUAAUUUUAGAUGCUGUAUCUCCAGAAAUAUUUCAAGAAUCUGAAUCAGAAGAGAGAGGUAUUGAAUAUUACCGAUAUAAGCCAGUCUAUGGCAAUUUUCUUCCUGGAGGUGCUGAAUCGGAUGCAUUUUUGAAAGACUCUGAACAAGCAGAGGAAGAGGGAAAGCCACCAGGUAACAAGGAUAAGGAGGAUACUGUUAAGCAAAGGGCUUUAGAAAAAACCUUAAAAAAGAUUGAAGUGGAACUGAAAGAACCACAGAAGUCACCUGUAGUGCCAAUCAUACGAAAUGUUUUAAAUGAAAUUUUCCAAAAUGCUUUAGUUAAUCAACUCAGUGUAGUUCCUUUCUCCCGUUCAUGUGGCAUUUCUCAGUCUGAAGAACAACCUAUCACUAAAACAUUCAUUCAUUUCAUGGAUAAAACUACGGACACUUUGGUGUCUGAAGCAGAUGUAACUAUUGUUGUAGAUGACAUUAUUAAGACUGUAUUUCAAAAGCUUUAUUCUGCUGCCAAAGCAGAUAUAAAUACAAACAAAAGUAGGUAUAAAACUAUCACACUUUCAGCCAAUGCACCUUUUCAUGAACAAAGUAAUCGAAGAAAGACAUCUGUGUAUCCUACAGUACUUAACAGAGAAUCACAUCGAUUGCCUUCCUCGUUCAAUGUUGAGAAACUGACUAAAAUCAAUGUAGUGGAAGAUAUCGUACAAACAGUCAUGAGCAAUUUGGAAUCUUUUGCCACUUCUAAAGUCAAAUCUCUCUUUUAUCCUCCAGUUGGCUUUACCACCUCAAGGGCUUUACCUAUACCCCAAGAAUCUACUUCAUUAAGCAAAGAGUUGUUAUCUACAAAAGAUGUCCAUUCUUCCAAUGAGCGAAUUUCUUAUCCCUCAGUGGAUCUUAGUAGACCAGGAAAUAUGGCCUCAGCAGGUCAUCUGCCUAUCUCUAAACUAAAUAAGUAUGCAACAGAAGUGGCUAGGAAAAUAUUGCAGGGAAUCAAACAAGAGCUAGACAAAGAACUGGAAAGUCCUGUAGUAACUCAAAACAUUGUCAUAUCUGAAAAUAUUGCAAGUCAGGUAGUUAAUACUGUUUUAGAUAUUGUAUCUACCAAAGGCAAAUCUGAUAAAAAUAAAUUGGAGAAAGACAGUAGUUCAGAUCUGCAAGAAAGCAUUGUAGAAAAAAUGUUUAAAAAAACAGAAUAUCGAAAAGAACUUCAAUUACAAAUACAAGAUAUUAUUGGCAAUAUUUUAAGUGACAUUUGUGAAAAAAGACUGGAUCAGAAUCAUGUUCCACUUUCCCCAGCCAUUCUUCAUCAGGAUAAUAUAGAAGCUAAACACCCAGCAGCAAGCUCUGAAGUGUCAACUGAAUGUACAAAUGACAGUAGCACAAAACUUUCAAUUCCUAAAUCAGACGUUAUUGUGAUUGCUAAUGAUAUAGUGAACAUAGUCCUUCAGAAGCUCAGUUCUGCUGUUACAGUUGGCAGAAAUAUAAAGGAGCCCAUUUCGGCACUAAAGUCCCUUUGUGAUACAAUUCCAAAAACAGAAGGUAAGCCUCCCACUUUCAGGGAUGUAACAGGAGAAAAAAUAGGAAGUGGUCCUUCCAACAUUGGAAAGAAAAAGACCAAGGUCAUAAAGAUGAAAUCUCGUGAGGCUGAUGAGCAAAUGCCAGUAGUAGCAAAAGCAGAUGAUGCCAGUCGAUCUCUUUUGGACCCAAGUGAAGAAAGUGCUGACUAUAUUACUAAAAACAUUCUGACUAGAUUGGAAUCUUUUGCCACAGAAAGAGCAGACUCCUUGAUUAGCGUUGAUUCACAGAUGAAAGAAAAAUCCUUUAUUGUCACUGAAGUUUCCAAUCCCCUACAGGACGAAGGUCACUUUCUUGUACCAGGCCAAGUCCAGCCAAAUAUGAAGGCCUUAAAAUUAACUACACCCAAGACUCUUCUUGGCCAGAAUCUCAGAGAUACUUCACUAGCCAGUUAUAAGAAAAAUACUGUAUUUACAAGUCACCUGUCACAAACUAAUCUUAGGGACUAUGCUGAUGUAAUUGCUAAAACUGUACUAAAAAUUAUCAAAACUGAUUUAGACACAGAGAUUCAAAAGAUGUCUCGUCCAAAUAAUGUUUCAAUUCAAGAAAAUAUCAUAGCAAGUGAAAUUGUAAAGAACCUUUUAAAGACAUUUCGUGAUAAAAGAUCUUUAAAAGAAGGGUCAUCCUUAUCAAAGCUCCAAAUAGCUAUGCAAAAUGAAAUGCUAUUGGAAGAAAAACAGGAUAAAAACACUAAAAUAUCUCUUCUUUCAAAGUAUCCAUUGAAACAAAGCUCAUUGAGUUCUGAAGAUGAAAAUCAGAGAACAGUUUUGGAGGAAAUAUUUAUGAGAAAUGGUGAGUCCAGACAGGAAGAAACUGCCUCAAUAUUCAGCACAGUUGAAGAUGUUUUAAAUAAGGUGAAUCAACGGAUAAUAGAAGACAGUGGCAAUUUGCCUCCUUUUAAUGAACUCUCUCACUUUAUGUCUGAAUCAAAAAUGAAAACACCUAAUAGGGCUCCCAAAAAAUCUUUUCAGUCCAAUAUUACUAUGGUAGCAAAUGACAUAGUUGAUAGUGUACUUAGCAAAAUGUACUCUCUGGUUGUGACAUCUAUAUAUGAGAAUAGUGAAACAGAGAGAGAACCAACUGGAACUGGUGAUAAAAACAUAUCGGUGACAAAACCACCAUAUUUCAGUAUAUCUAAACUGUCAGAAAAAAGGAUUGAACCUUCUCAGGCCUUAAUGCCUCAAACUUAUCCUCAUUCAAGUGUUAAAAACAUGUUAGAAGACACUUUAUUGCACUGUUCUCCACUGAGAAUGGGCGAAGAUCUGGUGCAAAUGGUUCUUAAUAAGAUGAUAUCUUUUGCUUCCUUGAACCUAGAAGAGUACUCUUCCUCUGAUGUUCCAUCUGAUGGCAUCCCAUCUUCCCGGCAACAUGUGGCUAAAAUCAGCCCCAAGUCAGGCCUUAGGAACAGUUUAAGAACAAGCUUGAAGCUCAACUCAGUACAGAAAUGUAAGACAAAAUCCCAGGCAAUAUCUGGUAAUUCUAAAGGGAAGGGGAAGGCCAAAAUACCCGUAGAAGAGAAAAUUCCAUCGAGAGGAAGUCGUUCCAAGUCUCUCCUUAGCCUUUCACAUACGUUAUCGACAGGAGAUGUGAUAAACUCCCCUCUGCCAGCAAAGUUGCCUAUAUGUGAGUUAAAAACCUAUGCCAAAGAUAUAGUGAGUAACAUCCUGGAAAGCAUUGUAAAUGAAUUCCAUAGGGUGAAGCGUGGUAAAAUUAUGGUUGAUAUAGGAAGUUUACAAAAUUCUAACCAAAUCACAGCAGCAAGUGAACUAGUUAAUACAGUUUUACAAGGAUUGUAUGCCUCUGAUUCAGAUAACUUCACUUAUCAGGUUAAAUCUGCACACUUGGAAGAUGUCAAAUUUCCAGAAAGGAAGUUAGGUACAGAGUCUUUUUCCAAACCUCAGGCCUGUUUUUUCUUGGAAAAUGUUUCUUCACAGCUAGAACAAAUUUUUCCUAAAGAAGGAAUUUUUAAGAAAAUGUUUGAUAAAUGGCAAACAGAAUCAAAUGACAUGGAAAAUGAAAAAUAUAAGCUACUAAUGGUCGCUGAAAAUGUCUUGAGUGAAAUUUUAAUAAAAGUGAAAGAGUUAGAAUGCUCUGUUUCCCUCCUAAAGAUGCCCCCUAUUGAGGCUUGUGAAAGUAUUUUCUGUAAUAAUUUUAAAAGAACACCUGCUAGCGCUGAUGAUUCCAAAGCACAAAUUAAUUUAUUUGGCCGAGAAAUUGUUGAAAUUCUAUUUGAAAAGUUACAAUUGUGUUUUUUGACUGAGAUGCCCAUUCCUGAUAGUAGGGAAACUCUAGCAAGAAAAAAAGAGCAGAUUAAUUCUAAGACUAAAUAUUUUUUCCCAGCUGGACAGCUCUUGAGCAAUGUACCUUCAUACAAUACAAAACUGAAGGAUCAGAUCUCUUUGAGUUCUAACAGAAGAAUUAUUAGAGAGAUUAUUGAGAACGUGUUACAUACCUUGGAAGCAUUUGUAGAUCUGCAAUUUAAGCAUAUCUCUAAAUACGAAUUUUCUGAAAUUAUGAAAAUACCUAUUGAAACUUUUUAUCCUGCCCAGCAGAGACCACUAAAUAGGAGAAUAUUGCCCAAAUUACAACCACUGAAUGAUUUUUCCGAUGAAUCAAAAUUAAAUAGUAUGAUCACAAAGGAAAACAUACAGAAAACCCUUUUUCAGGUGCAUUCAUUCCAUUCAGAACUGCGUACUUAUGCAAUUAAUGCUGUUAGAGAUAUGCUAAAUAUAAUUAAGUGCAAGUUAGACAAAGAAAUCAGCCGAAUGGAACCAUCUCCAACUAACAUCUUAGAAGAAAACAUAGUAGCAAGUGAAAUCAUUAGUAAUCUAAUGAACCAGUGUAUUCAUUUCAGUGAUUCUGUGCUUGAAAAUAUACCUAAGGAAAGCCCAGUUAGAGGAGCUGAAAAUACUUACACUGUUCACCGAGUUGAAGUGGAGACUACAAUGAAAACAUCCAAUAGCAAGUUAAAAGGAGUCCCUCUUCGGGAAAGUCUUCCACCUUUUCAAGUGCCUGGUACAGUGAUUGCCUCAGAGGAAGAUCUAGGACAAUAUAAUAGCAAUUCAUCUAAUCGUCCCUCCUCAUAUGGCAGAUACUCUGCAGGAGACAUCUCUCAAACUCCAGGCACAUCGGGCAGGCCUGAAUCAGAACCAGGACCAAGUUCUAGUAUAAGAGAAGAAAGAGAGACUUCCUCAAGGAGAUGCAAUUUUAACUAUUUUGAACAAGAUCUCACACAACAAGAGAGUUCUGUUCCAGAAGGGAGUGUCUUACAAAAAUUGUUCAAGAAAAACAGUGACCACAGUGAUGUGGCAUUUAAAGAAAUUGUGCCAUUUAUGGGCCUGGAAGAGAAUGAGGAGGAACCAAGACCAUUUCACUAUGGGCAACGAAGACCAGAUAAUAAACCAAAGAAUAUCUAUACAACUGUUAGUCCACUAAAAAUAUGUCUUGCUGCUGAAAAUAUUGUCAACACUGUCCUGUCUUGUUAUGGCCUGGGGACAGAGGAACAUGCAACAGGAAGCAAUGUGGAGACAAUCAAACCAUUUUUCAUAUCAAAAUCACAAUCAUCAUCCAGUCUUUCCUUAGAAUCUAUAGAGCAAAAGAACGAGAGAAGUAGUUUGCUUAGAACAUGGGAAAAAAGACUCCAACAUGCCAGUGAAAAAGAAGCCAAAACUCAUGAAAAUCCAAUGUCUCAUGGAAAUGAAGAUUAUACUUUACUUGAAAAGUGGGAAAACAAAACCUUUCCAAAGACAGAUAAAAUUGAACCCUUAAAAACAAUUGAAGUCUUUGCUUUUAUUGAUUAUGAACUGGGUCCAUCUGAAAUCAACCGAAUAGCAAGACAUGUUACCGUGUCUAUUGUCACAUAUUUCAAGAAUCUCCAAAGAGGAGGUUCCUGUGAUGAAAAGAUACCCAUUGUUUCUUCAUUAUCAAGAAAAAAAUUAGAUCCAAAGAGGCCUCUGAGAAGUGGGCAAACUGAAUAUUCUUUAAAUGAGUUUUGUGAACAUCUCACUGACUGUGUUAUGUACCAUAUAAUUUCGAGUGUUUCAGAUGGUACAGAAGAUGGCAGAGCAAAAGCGAAAUACUUUGGAAGCAAAAUUUCAGCAUCUGACAAAUUCGUUUCAAUUAAUUCUGAAAUGUUGGGAGCCCAAGGAUCCAAGAGUAGAACAAUUCCUAUCGAUGAUAUUGCUUUCAGUAUUUUUGAAAUUAUUGCUCGAAUCCUAUCUAAUAGUAACAUUUUAAAGACAGAUGUUACUGAGCAUGCCGCUUCCCUGCAAACAAAAUAUAUUUAUCUUCCAGAUAGUGAUACCAUGGACAUUGAUGAUCUCUUUCAAGAUAUCCUAAUAGGAGUGAUUCAUGUGCUAACAAAAGAAGUAGGAAUUAAUAACCCAUGUAAAACUAAAGGGAAAUCAGUUCCCACAUUUAAAAAUCAGAGUAUUCAGGUUUGCCAGAAAACAACAUUCAUAGAAAGAGAGGUAAGUCGACGAAGAUCAGACCCAUCACUUAGUCAUAGAACAGAUCAACUUGUCCAGAAAAAUAAAAUCAGUUCUGUAGCAUCAAAAUUAGACAAUCUACUAGGGAGCCUAAAAAGUCAUGAAUCUAAAGAAAUGGUGAAUAAAAUUUUUAAUAUUGUCUUAGAUUUGUUUUUGCCAGAUGAAUGUCAAAGUGGAGUUUUGAACUCUGUCAAGGCAUCAACGAGACAUUUUUUUGACUCUUCUGAGAAGCAGCCUAAUAACUUAGGCUUAUCUCCCAAAUCCAUUUUCCUUCUCAAUGUUGUAUGUGAGAAACUUAUAAGGACACUUUUGGAAAAAUGUACAACCACAAACAUACUGGCAGGCACCCCUUUUUCUAAUGAAUUGUCUACUGAAGAACAGCUUUUUAAUGUAAUUCAAAGUGUGGGGGAGGAAGAAUUUGAUUAUAGAAAGGGAAAAAUGAGCCCAGAGCAAAUUGAGCCAUUCCAAGUAGAGGACUAUGUAUCAGAAUUUGUGUUGGAACAGCUAGCUGAAAGUGAACAAGAACUGCUUUCCUCGGAAUCAAUGCUCAGUGUAAUUUCCCAUGGCUUGGUAAAAUCCCUGAUGGAAAAGCUGUCAAACACCAUCCAGGAAGCUCCCCCCAAAACACAAUAUGCCAAUAAGCUUUUAAAAUACAGUGCAAGGGAGAGACUGACCAGUGCCCAAGGAGCACGAUCAGCAAAAGUCCUCAUGCGAUCUAGGGACAAACCCACAUCAGAAACCCUCAGUCAUCUCCGAAUAAUAGGCUCCAAAAUCAGACCACCCUUUAAGCAGCUUUUAGAUACUUCCCCUUCUGAUUCCUCUCUGAAAACACUGAGGAGGAAAGAAUCAAAAAUUAAAACAGUUCCCAAAAUUCUGCGCUUGGACCAACUCAAUACCGGUGUUUACUCAGCCACAUUUUUGGAGGACAUUAUUUCUGACCUGUUUUUUUCUAUGUAUACUGCACUAUAUGACCGAGAUGAACAUGUCACAGAGGAACAGCUCAGUGAGAUGAAUACAUUAAUUGUCAAUUCUGUGGUGAAUGCAUUUAAUAAGGCUCAAGUCUCUGUGCUCCGGAAUGCUGAAGAAAAGUUGUGCUUUCCACCUGUACAGAAAGAAGCUGUUUCCAAAAUUGUUGACUCCGUUUAUAAUGAAGUUUUGCAGGAAUAUGAAUCAAAAAUGUCUUAUGUUAGUGAUAGUGAUGCAACUGAUGACCUCAACGUACUAGCUGAGCGGACAACCAAUGCUGUGCUGACUGAGAUUUUAGACUACCAGCUCCCAUCAUACUUUAUGGAAAGACUCACUCCAGAGUCAUACUAUCCACUCAAAGUUGAAAAUGUCCUCCAAAAGCUUCAAGAGAACUUGAGGGAGUUCAGUUCCCAAGUUCAGCCUUCAGUAGGCUACACAACCAUGUUGCCUCACUCAUUUUUAGAGGAUGUCAUUAGAAGGCUGUUAUCACAGAUCAUCCCUCCAUCAUCUAGUGAUGUUUGGCCUAUGGAAAAGAAAUAUUUAAUGAGGUCAGAUUUUAACGAAAUGUCUGCUUGCAUAACAAACAAGGUUAUGUCAGCCAUUUCUAAACACAAAAUUUGGCUUACCAAAUAUGAUCAUCAAUACUUAUAUUCAGAAAGAAAUUUCCAAACAAUGGUUGACUCAGUUUACAAAAAUAUUUUGCAAAUCUCAGGAUCUCCUUCAUCAGUACAGAAAAGUAUAACAAGCCGAAGUCCUGUCAUUGUCGACAGAAUAGCCAGUUUUAUUAUUCAAGAGAUAACUGAAAGUCACCUUCAACCCUUUUUGGUGGGGGACAGUGUACCUCAACCAACAGUUGCCAGUGAUGAAGUGUCCACCAUGGUUAAGAAUGUUCUCAAUGAAGUGACAGGCCUGCAAAGACCCUCUCCAGCAUCCUCCCUAAGCAUGGGGGUUUACCCAGCUGAAUUUGUAGAGGAAAUUGUUGCUAGACUCUUAUCAAAGAUCUUCAGCCCAAAAGUGAAAACGGGGGCAGAACUAAACAAUGUGACACACAAAAUUGUAGAUUCCAUAAAUGCUCAUUUUGAUCGAGCCAAAGUUCGAUUGGUACGCCAUGAUGAGACACAACCUUUUCCACCUCUGAAUAUUGAUAUUGUGGAUGAAUUGGUGGAUUCUGUCUACUGUAAUGUCCUGAAACAGCACGGACUAGAUCCUACAAGUGAGCAAGAAGAACCAAUGAGGACUGACAUUUUUGUUGAAAAUCUUACCAAUUUAAUUGUAGCAGCAAUUUCUGAUUAUCUUCUUCAUCCCCUUUUUUCUGGAGAGCUCUCUGCUUCUUCCUAUUCUUCUUUGACAGCAGAGAAUAUUGUGCAAGAAGUCCUAAGUGGAAUCAGCAAAACUGGCAAACAAAGUCAAAGCCUGUCUCCAUAUAAUACUUUACUGCCUUACACUUUCUUAGAAGACAUGAUAAGAGUGCUCCUAUCUCGAAUCUUUCCUUCAGCACCUGGGAUACUUCCAUGUGAAGAAGAUCUAGAUACAUCUGGAGUUAAUUUCAAUGAAGUUGCUUCAAAGCUAAUUGGUGAUAUUCGAAGGAAAAUUUCAAAACAUGAAAUCCGAUUUUCCAAAGAUGCAGAAGAACCACGAUAUGUUUAUUCGGAAGAUGAUGUCCAAAAUCUUGUUGACUCUGUUUUCAAAAACAUCUUGCAAAACUCUGGCUCUCAAGAAGCAAUUGAACAAGAGAUAACAAGCAGUGACAAUACUUUCAUUGAUAGAGUAGCUGGUUUUAUCAUUAAAAAUAUUUGUCAGCAACACCUUCAGCCAUUUGUGUCUGGAAAGGCAAUUCCUCCACCCCAGACAUACCCGGUUGGUGGGCAAGGGCGGCAGUUACAGUUUUAUGCUGGUGUGUAUUCCUCAACAUUUUUGGAAGAAGUCAUCUCUGGAGUUUUAUCCAAAAUCUUUUACAGGGUAGUAGGCCUUGCAUAUGCCAAAAUAGUAAGAGAACCUGAAAGUGGACUGGAGGAGACAGUUAUUCAACUCAUAAAUUCAGUAUCAGAGGAGUUUGAAAAAGCAGAAGUAAACAUUCUAGAAAAUGCUGAAGAGGAAUUAAAUUUGCCACCAAUAGAUAGGGAUGUCAUCAUUAAAAUAAUUGACAAAUCUUACAAUAAAGUUUUGCAAGAAUAUGACUUAGACCUGGAACUUGUUAAAGAUUUUUUUAAUGACACAAAGACUUUGGCAGAAAGGAUCACCAAAAUUAUCCUGACAGAAAUCUUUGAUUUUCAGUUUCAACCAAGCUUGGUCGCAAGGCUACCAUUCAAAUCUCUAUCAAAUCUCAAUGCUGAUGUUUUGCUUAAGAAAGUUAAGUUUGAAAUUAACCAACCCAAACCACAGAGACAGACUUCAACAAUAUACACAACUAUGUUAUCACAUACCCAUUUGGAAAAAAUAGUCACCCAGCUUUUAUCGCAGAGGUCCUCAGACUCCAGAGCAGAAGAGUCAGUUACAUCAAAGCCUGAUUUAAGUAAAACUGUUGUGAAAUUGAUCAAUGAAAUCAUGGCCAUCAUUUCCAAACAUGCUAUCUGGAUUACAAAACACGGAAAUGAAAAACAAAGUAUGAUUUCAGAAACAGAUAUUGAGAAUAUGGUUGAUUCCAUUUAUGCUGAUAUCUCACAUUCAAAUUUAUACCAGUCUCUUACAAACGAUAAAAAAGAUAUAACUAAUAUACCUAUUUCCAAAAUAGCAAGUUUCAUAAUCAAAGAAAUUUUUAACCACCAUCUCGAGUCAUUUUUAUCUCAAGAGCAAACCAUUUCUCAAUCUACAUCUGAUUUAACUAGGAAACAGCCUUAUAAAGAUGUAGAAAUUGACCCAAAAGAAAUGUCUCUCAUUGUUAACUCUGCUAUAUUUUUGGAGGAAGUAAUCUCUGAACUUUUAUGCAAAAUCCUUUAUGCAUUCUCACAUAAUUUCAUCUCAUCCGACGAUCCAAAGUCUAAAGCCAAAGUGACUGACAUUGUUACAAAAUUAGUCCGCUCAAUUGUGCUGGAGUUUGCAGCAUCUCAAAUUUUGGUCGCAGAAAAUUUUGAUGAAAAUCUGUGUUUUUCUGAAGGGUAUAAAGAAAUGGUUAGUAAGAUAGUCAACUUAAUUUAUGAAAAAAUAACAGAUGGUUAUAAAUCUCCAGCUCUCAUUUAUAAAGACAUAGAAUAUGACACUAAUAAUUUUGGAAGGAAAAUAUAUAAUUUACUUUUGGGAGAAAUUUAUGAUUAUCAAGUACAGGGAUUAAUUUCUGGAACAUUAUCUUUGUCUACUUAUUCUUCACUUAGAGCCGAGAACAUUAUUCGAAAUGUACUAAAUGUUAUUGGGAAAGAAAGCCACAAUUUGCCAUCCUUCGUUACUGUAUUACCUCGCUCUCUUUUGGAAGAUAUGGUUUCCAAACUUUUAGGUCAUAUUUUUCCUUCAUCUGAAGCUAAGGUUAAAGUAAAAGAACAAGAAGUACUACCCGAUGAUGAUUUUAUGAGUGCAGCUUCGAGACUAACUGAUGCAAUUAUAUCUGAAAUUUCUGAACACGAAAUUAGACUGACUACUGCAGAGGAGAAUGCCUCACAUAUGAAUCUGGAAACUAUUGAAAGCAUAGUUGACUCAAUUUGCAAAAACAUUUUGAAGAAAGCUGAAUUCCAAGCUGAAGUCCAGAAGGAGGAGAGUGAGAAGGGAGGCACAUUUCUCACCAAAAUAGCUAGCUUCAUUAUGAAGGAAAUUGUAGAUCAUCACCUCCAGCCAUUCUUACAUGAGGAUGACACUGAUUCUGCUGAAGUUUCUGAUAAAGAGUCUAUCGUUGAUAUUCUCGAGCAAGAAAAAGAACGACCGGGCACCCCCCAGCCUUCCCUUUACUCGGCAACAUUUUUAGAAGAUGUUAUUUUUGAUCUUGUUCGAAAAUUGUGCCCUGCCCCACAAACUCCUGAGGAGGACGAGGAAGAAAGUACUCCAGAAACCAACCUUGUGAGCAUGGCUAUCAAAUUAGUAAAUUCCCUAAUAGGUGAAUUUCGGAAAAGUGACAUCAAGGUUCUCCCCAAUGCCGAAGAAUUGUUUUCUUUUCCACCAGUAGAUAAAGAAACUAUUGAUAAAGUGUCUGAGUCUGUGUAUGAUGAGGUUAUUAAAAAAUAUAAAUCUGAGGAUGCUGCUCAUGAUGAGGAAGAGAGCAAUUUUUAUAUUGAAAUGAUAUCCACCUUAGCAAAGAAAGCAAUCUCAAGUUUCAAGGUUAAGCCCCUUUUUUCUGGAGACUGGUUUUCCUCUUUCUUUUCAUUUCUAGAACCAGAUAACAUCACCCAAAGAGUCCAAUAUCAACCGUCAAAGAGCUCAUUUAAUAAAGACAUAAAGAAGGCUCCUGUCAAAGAUUCUUUACUGAAAGAUUCCCUUGCAGUAACCCGAGCUAAAAAUAUAAAAACUGAGAAAGAUCUGGGCACAAAAAGUGAAAAGAAGAGUGAAGAGAAGGCUGAAGCUACACUUAGUAAUUAUGACCAGGAUUCAAUGUUCAUUUCACUAGCCAGCACUAUGAAAACUAAAAUGUGUGCCCUAAAAUCUGAAGAGUGGGAUCUAAUUGAGAAAAGGGAAAGUGGGAAAAAGACAAGCAAGAGCCCUACUAAAAAAGAUGAAGACAAGGAUACAACAAAAUUCAUUUCUGUAGCCACCAGUACUAGAAGUAUGAAAACUCAACAGGACCAAGGCUUGCAAACAUCAGAUAUAAAGAGUGAUGAGGGUUCAACCAAAGAUGAGGUGGCUGAGUACAAGGAAGAGUCAGUACAAGUCUUUACAGUUAUGAAAAGCGGAAAGGGGAUCCCAGAACCGGAUUUAAAGAGAAUACCCAAGAAGAGCAGUAUGAAGAAGAAAGAAUACCAUUUGGAUACUGAAAUUUAUGAUGAAAAACUUUCUCCACUAAAAAGUAAGAAAACAGAAGAAUCAGUUUUGAAAUUAUCAAGUAGUAUCAAGUUCGAAGAAAAGAAAAAAGACAUUUCAGUUGGGACAGACGAUGUCGAAGGGGCAUUUAGUUUCAGUCCUGCAGUCACUAAGAUGAAAAGUACAAAGACUUUACAUGAUCCAAAUUUCAAAUCAGCCUUUAAAAGCAAGAAAGAGAGUGGUGUUCAAACAGAUACUGAAGAUGCGUAUUUUGAAAAUGUGAUCGAGAAUAUUUACAGUAAUGUUUUAGAAAUGUCUACUCAGACAUCUCUAGAUGAUACCAGGCAUAGAAGUGUCAUUCCUACCCAAACAGCACCUGCUGAGAAUCUUGGCCAACCUUCACCAAUAGCUUCAUCGCACCCAGUUCCCAAGGAUGUUCCUGACAAAGGCAAAGAGGUGAAGAAACCCCGUCCUGAUAAUGCCAAAAAAACAUCCUAUUUAUCUAAAAUGAGAUCGGGUAUUUUUUCAGCUAAAUUUUUAGAAGAUGUUGUUACGGAGAUUGUAAACACACUAAUCUUCUCUUCUUCACCAGAAAGUUGUAAAGACUGUAAAAAAGUUCAGGAUGAUAUAAAUCAGAAUGAUCUCUAUGAUACAGCAAUGAAACUGAUUGAUUCCUUGUUAAAAGAGUUUUCUGAGGCCCGCAUUAAGGUGUUUAGGCCCACUGAGGAAAAACAACCUUUGCCCCAGGAACCUAAAGUACUGACUAAGGAGAAAGUGCUAGAUGAUCAUAGUAUACAGAAAGUACCAACCCUCCAAAGAACACCCUCACCGACUAAAAUGCCAUCUGUGUCCCCAAAAACCUUGGUUGAUAAGGCAUCAUGUACAGAAAAAGAACAUUACAUUGAUUAUAUGCCCUUAGUGGAUAAAACAUUGGUCAAUAAGGUUGUGCACGCCUCUUUGUGUAAUGUUCUGCGUGAAUACAGAUCUCAAGACUCAAUUUGUAAAGACAUCAAUGAUAGUGAUAAGUUAGCCAAAAGAUUAGCUGGUGCUGUGAUAGAAGAAAUGUUUCAGCAUCAGCUCAACCUACUACUACAAGAUGAAAUGCCCCCUGAAGUGUGCAAACCUCUGAAACCUAAGGAUGUUGUUAAAAAAGUACAAAAAGUCGCCAAAAAACACACCAAAGAAUGUCAGACUUCCUCACCAUAUACCAUCAUAUUGCCUCAUGAAUUUUUAGAAGAGAUGAUUUCAUCUCUUCUAGCCAAAAUUUUCCCAGCAGGAACUGAAAAAAUUAUAGAUUCAGAUGAAGAAAGUGACAGUCUUUUUACUGAACUGAACUUCAUUCAAAUGAAAUUGGUCAGCAGGAUUAUGACAGAGAUAUCAAAAGACGAAGACAUGAUAAUACAGUAUGUUGAAUGCUUACACCCCAAUGAUGAUGAAGUCAUUCAGGUAGUGGUACAGUCUAUUUACAGUAAUCUUUUGCCACAGUUUGGCUCUCAAGAGGUCAUUCAGAACUGUGCAACAAGUGGAUGCAGAAUGCUUUCUGAAAGUAUAGCUGACCUAGUUGUACGAGAAGUCGCUGGCAAUCAGCUACAGACCUACUUUUCUGGAGAGUUAACACCCCACCAAUGUGACGAAGUUGACACUGUUGUUGAAAAUAUUCUUAAAGAUAUCUCCCAGAGCCCUGAAAGUGUUCCACCUAAACGAAUCUAUGAUCACAAAUUACCUUUGAACAUCCUAGAAGACAUUGCAGCACAGUUUUUAUCCCGACUUUUGUCUGUGUUCCCUAUGAUAGAGAGGGAAAGAACUAAGUCUUUGGAGGCUGAACUGGAAAAAAUCACUAACAAAAUAAUAACAUCAUUGAAAGAGUUUAUAUCCAAAAGUCCAAUUAAAAUUGUACAACAGACUAAUGAACCUCCCACACUGCCUAAAGAAGAAAAUCAGGCUAUUGAAAAAGUAGUUGAUAAUGUUUAUGAUAGUGUUUUAAAACAUUCUGGCUCUCACACAUCUAUGUAUGAAGAUUUAGUAGGGAAGAGCAAUGUUCUAGCUGAUAUAAUAGCCUUUUUAAUGGUCAAAGAAAUUUCCAAACCUACAUUUCGGCCUCAUAUGAAACAAAUCCCUCAUGAGGAAAAACACUCUAGAGAAGAAAGCAUUCCCCAAGAAGAAAAAUUCUCUUGGGAAGAAAGAAUCCCCUGUGAGGAAAAAUUCCCUCAUGAGGAAAGAAUGUCUCGUAGGGAAAAAUUCUCUCGUGAGGAAAGACUCUACUCACGUGAGGAAAGAUUCCCUCGUGAGGAAAGAUUCUCCCGUGAGGAAAGAUUCCCUCGUGAGGAAAGAUUCUCCCGUGAGGAAAGAUUCCCUCGUGAGGAAAGAUUCUCCCGUGAGGAAAGAUUCGCCCGUGAGGAAAGAUUCCCUCGUGAAGAAAGAUUCUCCCGUGAGGAAAGAUUCCCUCGUGAGGAAAGAUUCCCUCCUGAGGAAAGAUUCCCUCGUGAAGAAAGAAUCCCUCGUGAUGAAAGAUUCCCUCCUGAGGAAAGAAUCUCUCACGAGAAAAAAUUCUCUCGUGAGGAAAGAAUCCCUCAGGAAGAAAAAUUUUCUCGUGAGGAAAGAAUCCCUCAGGAGGAAAAAGUCCCUCAUGAAAAAAAAUUGUCUUAUGAGGAAAAUACUGCUCCUGAGGAAAAACUCACUAGUGAAGAAAAAAUCUCUCAUGAGGAAAAAUUAUCUGAUGAGGAAGAGACAUCAGGUCCUCAGCUGGCACUGGAAGCUGUCAAAAUUAUGGAAAAAGUCCUUAAAAUUCUUGAUGGCAUUAAGUCACGGGACAAACCUUCAGCCCCCAGGGUCCCAGUGCUGGAUGCCUCCUUUUUGGAGGAAACAUUGGCAUUAUUCCUAGCAAAAAUAGUUAAGUUGCCCUGUGAGGCAACUGAAGAAGCAAAAAACUUAACCAAACCUGAACUGAAUAAAAUUGCAACUCAACUGACAAAAUCAGUGACAGCUGAAAUUUCCAAAAGUAACAUUAGUCUUGUGGCUGCUGACCCUGAAGUGCACUUUAUGAACUCAGAAAAUAUUGAAAUGAUUUCUCAAGUUGUUGAUUCUGUUUAUAGUAAUGUUUUGCGACAGUCUGGAACCCAAGAGGAAUUUUUUCAUGAUAUAAAAAGUGUGAACAGAUUUUUCCCAAAAAAAGUAGCUAGCUUAAUAGUCAGUGAGAUUUCUCAUUGUCCCCCAGAAUCUGUUAGCACUCGCAGUUCAUCCACUGAUGUCUUCAGUGAUCUGGAUGUUGAACGAAUUGUGGAAAAAGCCAGUGAGCAUAUCACCAAAAUGGAUUCUAUAUUAAGUGAAGAUGAUACUAUAGGGGAUGACCCAGAUGUUAAAAUUAUUCCUCACCUUGGAAAUAAGCCUAUCAGAAUAGAUCCAGCCAUUGUUUCUGAACACUUGGCAGUAAUUUCACUCAAAACUCAACCACUGGAGAAACUGAAGAAGCAGUGUUUGUCAAGAACUGGACACAGUCUAGCAGAGCUAAGAAGAGCUUCAAUAAGUGGCAAGAGCUACUACUUAUCAGAAUUAAUUGAUAUAGAAACAAGGAAAAAGGAAAGAAGGAUCUCUUUGGAUAGAACAGGACGGUUGGAUGCAAGGCCCUUUGAGGCUGUUUGCAGGAACUCAUUUCAGAAUAUAAGAAAACCUGAUAUCACCAGGGUGGAACUCUUAAAAGAUGUGCGGAGCAAAAAGGACCUUAUUAUUCGGCUAGUUGCUCAUGAUAUUGAUGAAGAAGAGGUAGAAAGGAGGGAGGAUGCCUUCAUCUCUGACGAGGAAGAAUUUGGUAUCCGAGAAGUUGUUUUAAAAGAAGAGUGUGCCCUUGAACUGAUGGAAACCCGUAUAAGGGAGCAGGAACAGCAGAAAGUCCCAGAAAGUAAAGCCGGUCUGCCCAAGUCUUCACUGAGCGCCAGUAGCCUGAAGAAACUUUUGUCCAUAAGCAAGUGUUGUCAAUCUACUUCUACAACUACCCCACCAGAAAAUAUUCAAAGGUCCCCAACUAAAACCAAGGAAUCCAAAGGCCAACAGGUGCCAGAGGAGCUAGAACUGCCAAAAAUCCCAGAAAUGUUGAUAUCUGGUGAACAAAGAGAGGUGCUUAUUCAGGUAGCAGCCUCAGCAAAGAUCGAGUCUUCUAAAUUAGAAGCAAAACCACUACCCUCCCAAGAAGAGGUGAAAACCACUGUUCCAGAGCCUCCACAUUAUCUAAUACACAGAACUAUGAGCUCGUACUCUUACACUCAAGAGAUGUUUGCCGAAGGAGAUGGCGCAGAGUCGGGCAGGAAAAAAACUGACGUGUAUCUAGAAGAGGCCAAGACAUUAGAUGAAACGAGCAGCCUCCAGUUUAUCACCAUCUACGAAGGACCCAAAUCGCCCUCACAGACCUCCAAGGAGAGCACACCAAAAACUCCCAGGGCUCAGGUUUCCAGACAAUCUUCUACAGUGCUCGAGAAGGUGUCUUCAGCUCUGUCGAGGGUGUUUUCUCGACCAAGCACCUCUACUGACAUUGCAUCGGCCUUACGUAACCAGGAGGACAAACCUUGAAAAUGCUCUACAUACUUAAUGUCAAAGAAAAUUAAAUAUAUUUAAAAGCA